GUCCUGGGCUGGUGUCGGCUUGCAGCUAGCUAGCGGUGUCUUCGAGUUGCACUUGCAGCCUCGAUACGUAGGUAGAUCUACGUAAAUGUACAAUGUAGAUCAUUAUUUUGCUCUGUGACUCCCUGGUUCAAAUACGACUGACUUCGUCCGAAGAUACUACAAUUGAAUUCUUCUUGGAGCGAGUGGGAUAUUCGCGGCCUUGUCUCCUCUUCUCCAUCACCAAGCAGGACCAGAUACAGUAAUCAGACGACAGCGCGUACUCCGAGUACGGCUCUCAUGCCGUAAGUUGCGAGUUGAGUCAGGUCUACCUACAACCCUAGCCUACAGUUCUCCGCGAUGGAGCACACGGACGAAAGUCCGUUGCUGUUAGAGGAGAUUCGUGCCGACUACCUCGGUCAGUUGCACACUGCGUUCGGCACUGCGGAGGACAUUCGCGGACGCGUGCGAAGGAGGCGAGGAGAGCGACACGUGCGUGGCCACGACUCGGUACCUACCAGAUCCCGCCUUGGUGGUUUGGCUUCCAAGCAUGGAAACUCCAGCGUAGCUGUGGUUCUCAGUGGCUUAUCAGGCGUUGGCAAGUCCAGCAUCACAGACACAUUUUCCAGGCAGGCUCAAGGACGGGGUCAUUAUGCGCGAGGUGUGCUGAGAAUCAAUGCGGCCAGUGCCUGUACUCUUCAGUCUUCAAUCCGGGAAUUGAUCAUCUCUGCUGGUGCAUCACAUCUUCUGCGUAGCACUUCUGACAUAGCAAGUGACAGGCACUGGUCUCAAGUUCUGGCUGCACUGCACCCUACUGCUGGUACGCUGUUCAUAGUGGACAAUGUGCAAGAUGAGAACAGUAUGAGGCUGUCUGAUUUCUCGUUGUCAGCAAUGUGGAAAGUACUGCUGCCAAACGCCAAUUUUCAACAUCAUUUGUUGAUCAUCAGUCAGUGCUCCAAUCUUCCUGCUUGUCUGUCUAGACAUAUCAGCCGUCAUAUUGAAGUCCUGCCACUCACGGGUGUCCAGUCUGCCUGGAUGUUGGCCAGACUCAAUCGAUCUCUGUGUGCUCACUGCGCACUGGUGUCCACUGGCCAGGAGCUGUGGUGUCAGCUCUACCAAACCUGCCGCUCCGGCUGCAACAUGUUACAGGCCCAGUGGCAGUGCUGCACACAUUGCUUGGCUGCACCGCUGCGAAACGCAGAGUCCAUGGCAUUUGCGACUCAAGUCCAGUCGGAUCGAUCACAGCGGCGCUGUUGCACGCAUCGAGCAGCAGUGGAGAGGAGUGGAAUGAACUGCAAGUGCAUCUUUAGACUAUUUUCUGAGCUGUUUGCCGAAUCUGAAAACGCCAAUGGAAUGCCACUGCUUAUUUCUUGCCUCGCAUUGCCAGCAUCUGAUGAAGCCGCGUCAAUACCAACACCAGUCAGUUCUCAAGUUGAUGGUAGAAGUCAAAAGACUGGGAAUUGCGAAACAAGCUCCGAACAGGACAUUUGGCGGAUGAGCUCGCAGCGGUUGUCGCAAGCUGCGAAGCAGCUACUAUGCCUGUGUGCGUUCUUGAAUCCCGAUCGGAUUUCUUCUACUUUGUUUUGUAGGGAUGAGAUAUGUGCACCAAUGCCCGGUGAGCUUCACAAUGUCCUGUCAGGGAAAUGUCAAAAUCAAGCAAGCAGCGCAGGUUGUGCAGGGCGCAAGGAAACGCUAGAUCUGCAUGGUGCUUCCCAUGUGCUUGCUGGACUCCUGUGCGAGCUGCGCUCAUUAUCGCUGGUUGGGUUUGUGAGCCCACUGAGACACAGCAGCAGGUCGCUUGGAGUCGCUCGACAUGACGUGGCAUAUGAGUUUUGUCUUCAUCGUGCCGUCCGUAAGUUGGUUCUGUCCGAGUUAUAUGGCAGCGCCCAGGCCGAUGAGUAUCUCCGUUGCUGUCUUAGCCUUCUCUGCUGGAACACUGCGUCAUGUCAAAGUAUCGUACAUCUGGAAAUCAACGUAUUCCCUCACAUUCUACAAGUCAACCCAACAUCAGUGCUGCGUAUGGCUCGGUACUGUGGUUAUUACCUGGCUACACCCAGCCUGGAUGCAACUGUUCUGCUUUCCCUGAUGCCCUCGGAAGAAUCACGGCUUUCCUGUGCACAUGUUUUGAAGGAACUGCUAGGCCACCUUUGGCACCACAAGUUCAUGUUGAAGUAUUUAAGUGAAGAUGUGGUCACUGACUUGACUCAUCUCAAGGUGACAACUCCCAGUGCUGUGUCUGUUGAUUUAUUUGACAGUGAAAAUGAAAAAAGAAUGUUGAAGCUCAUCGCUGAACGCAAGUGUGGGAGUAAAGAAGAAAAGUGGUGGACUGUGGCUAUAGCCGUCUUUUGCACCCUGCCACGGGACAUCGUGGUGGAGUUACUUGCCAUUGCUCUACCUUACUUGAUACAACUGAAAGUGAAGGAAAAUGCUCACGAUGGUUCUGAACACGCUACUAGCUGCUCUACCUAUACCUAUGCGUUUGCCUUCAGCACCGUGACACGUUUCCUGAGCAACUCUGUUGGCACUGACCCCGCAUUGCCGGCUGCAGAACUAGUAGGCAAUGACCUCCUGAAGUGGAUAGAGGAUUGCAUGAAACUGAUAGUGUUCAGUCGGUGCAAGGCUGAAGUCAUCAGGCGGGCACUCCACAAUGAGCGAUUUGGCGAGCGUCUCACUCACCUGCUAAACGUGGUGUGCAGGACAAACUUUAAUCUCUACAGUAGAGCUAGUGUCGAUACUGGUGAUGAUAUCGCGGUUGCUGAUACUGGUGAUGAUACCGCGGUUGCUGAUGCGUGGUCUGCUCAUGGCUUUUGCAAGAAAAUGCCAGCGGCAAUGAAGAAGAGUGUGAUCAAGGACCUACAUCAUGCCGACAUCCAGCUGGUGAGAUUAGUCACAGCGGUGGAAGAGAUGUACGGGGGCUCUUACAUAAGUGGCCAACUGUAUGUACCUCUGCUGGCUAUCGUCCUUUACUGGGUCGGCAUGGGUGAAACACGCCAUGCCAUUCCUGCACUCAACAGAGCUAUUGGCUAUCUACCACUGCAUUUCCCUUUGAAUGGGUCGCAGCUACACGUUCUUAUGCUGCGCUUGUUGGCAGGUGAAUCACGUUCGGCUUGCCAGUUCCUUGUAGAAACCGAACUUUACGACUGAAAAGCAUUUGCUGCCGAAGUAUCGGUGCAAUGAUCCGUGGACGGGAAUUCACUAGUCAUUUCAUGAGUCUUGCUCUGGCUGAUCAAAACACACACUGAUGCUGACCACUUUGUAUGCUGAAGAAAUCCAGUGAACAUUUUCUUUACUUUCCAAACAAUAUCUGGUAUUACCUUGUUCCAGAUACUGAGUGUACAUCUCUAGAACAAAGUGAUUACUAUGCAGUUGAACCUCCAAAUUGCAUGUCUUGUGGCACUCCAGAUUCUACAAUAUUUUUACUGCCUCUCUAGUGACAUAACGUGUUGACCUCACUAUAGCAGGGCAUUUUUUUUUAAGAUCAUAUCAUACAUAAUGUAUGCGCACAAUACUUGAAUAGAAACUGAUAAGUGCUUAUGUUCACAGUGCCCAGCAAGUUAACCUGACCUACAUAUUUUGGGCUGAGCCCAACUUUAAAAGUUGACCAUUGUGGUUACUGUGAUUGUGGCUUGAAGCUUCUGAUGCUUCAUGGAUGAGCUACCUUCUAUUUUCAGUACCUGGUUGCUUCGAUUCACAUCUGAGCACUGCAGGUCACUAUAAUCAUAGAACAUUUUCAUGGAAUUCUUUCUGUUGGUACUUCUCUGCUGUCAAAAUGAUACAACCUACAACAAUUGGCAUUAAAUUUUGCAUUUAGCAAACAUCAAUGUGCGGUACAUUUUAGAUUUCUUUGGUCA